CGAAUUACAGCGCUGAUGGGCGGCCUCCGCUCUUUAUUUGCAACAGAAGGGGUGCUCGUGUUCAGUGCUUUUUCUGGCCAGGUGGGGGUUGCAGGGCAGUGCGUGGGGCUGGGGUUGGUUUCCAUUGAGCGCUUAGUGCGGGAGGAGCCCCCACUGCGGGCUGUGCUGCUGUUCUUAAUGCUGAGCUGGUUCUUGGUGCUGUGCAGGAUGAGCAGCUCUUCCCCUGCCCUCAGGUCACUGUCGGAGGACAGGACAGCUGCUGUGCUGUGGGGCUGUGAGCUGGGUGUGAACAGCCAGAGCUGCGUGGUGAAGGAGGAUGAUGACUUCCUAGAGCACCUGGUCCUGCUGAGGACGAUCUCCCUGGGGGCUGAUGCCAGGGAUGAGUUGCACGUGGUGGCUGUGGAGUCCAAGAACACCUAUGGAGACCACAAACCGGUGCCCAUCGCAUCCCUACGUGUCUCAGUGCUCCCCAUGAUCAGUCUCAAAGGUCUGGAGUUUGUCCCUCCUGUCACCUUCAUGCUGCAGUGUGGAACUGGACCAGUCUAUCUCAGCGGGCAGCACGUUACCUUGGAAGAUGUCCCCAGGUGCAAAGCCCACGAGGAAGAGCUGGUGGAUAUGGAUGAAGGUGAUGAGGACGAUGCCAGGGCAGCACGGGAUGGAGAAUAGCUGCAGCUCUGGAUGGGAUAGAUCCUUGCACAAGGACACAACGGGCCUCUGCUUUGGAUAGAUCCUUCUCUCCAUCUCAAUCUUGUUCCGAGUGUGCUGCUGCUGGGAUGCUGUGGGUUGUGCUGUUGAGCUGUGGGUCUCAGAGCAUCCCAUUGAGCACCAUUGCCCCUUCCCUACACUGGCACCUCCCAGAUGGUAUUUAAAUGAGUGUGUUGUGUCCCCCCUGUGCAGCCCUUUUGCCAAUCAGUCUGCAGUCGUAAUGGUGGUUUUGUUCCAGUAGGAAUUACUCUGACAAUUGUUUGGAUAAACAGAGUAAGGUUAUGUUGCAGCCUUCACAGCAGCCCAGGGAAAUGCAGCCAAAGUCUGUUCAGAACAAGCAGCCAUUGAAAUAAUCGAAUUAAAGCUCCUAAUUGAGGAAAAUUGCCCAAAUCAGUUAUUUGCAUGAUAGCAGCUGGCUGGGAAUUUCUCUGCGGUGGAAUAAGGAGCAGAGUUGGGUUCUGGGCUGAUGGCACGCUGGGCUGACAGCAAUGGGAUGAGUUUGCAAAGAUGCCCACUGGACACAGCAGUGCUUCCCUACUCACCUUCCCUGCUCUGGGUUUUAAUUUCCCAGCCCAGUGUGAGAGCCGUCCUUGCUGCUCUAAAAAGUCAAUUAAAAGGUGGCAAUUUCUCCUGUUGUGUGCUGCCAGGAGAAGCAAACAGGUAAAGUGCAGUUAGAUGGUGAUGCAGGGUACCACAGCGAGGCAAGGAGCUGCAAGGAGCAGCUCUCUGCCCCACAGACGUGUGGGGACAGAACUGUCACUCUGCACAAACCAUGAGCCAUCAACUGGACCUGGCUGCAAAAGCAGUGUGUUCCUUGCAUGGCUGCAGCUGUGCUCUGAAACAGGAGGGCUGUGCUUGGCGAUGCCUUCACCCCUCCUAUGGCCACAUCCUGUAACGCAAAGAGGGCUUUGGCAUAACCAUGGCAACUGCCAGGUAACUAAUAGAUGGCACUCAGUGCCAUGGGAACCAAAGGGGAACCAAAGAGGAGUGAGCGGGGUGCUGGGCUGUGCACCUUCCUGCUGCCCUGGUGUGAGGUGUGCACAGAGGGUCGUGGUCCCAUCUGUGUCGUUGUGAGGGUGGCACUGGGUGCAGCUGAUUGAACGAAAGUCCGGCGCGGCUUCGGGGAGGACAGCGGGGACACCUCAGUGCAACCUCUGGGAUCGCAGCAGAGGAGCGGUGCAGCCCGGCUGCUGCCAGCCCUGACGUUUGGAUUGCCUGGCUAAUCUCGUUACGGGGACGGAUGAGCAGAGUGCAGGCGCGCAGGGCUGCAACAGUGCAAAAGUAGCAGAGCAUCCUUAUUCGUUUACCCAUUAACGUCCUUUGUGAUUUCCAGAAGCAUUAGGAGCUCCUUUCUGGCGGAGCUGCGAUUCCCUCCUGCGGUGCCGCCGGAGCGUUCCGUGUUCUGCUGCUGAGCUCGGGCUGAGGGAUGGAUUUUUGGGAAGUUCCUGUGCUACUUUGUGUUCCUGAUGCAGCCCAUGACAGUCUAUGUCUCUGUGUUCACGCUCACGGC